CUGACCUCGAUGAGAUCAUCAUGCCAGUAGAUGGUACUGAACUCCAUCUAGUGUUUGGAGACAUCACUAAUGAGACUACUGAUGCCAUCGUGAACACCACUGACUUUAAGGACUUCCAGACAGCUGGAGUGUGUAAGGACAUCCUUACUAAAGCAGGACCUCAAAUCCAGGCUCAACUGACAGGCGCUCAGGUAGCAAGAGGGCAGAUAUUCACGACCCCACCAGGAGGCUUCCCCUGUAAGACCAUCAUGCAUGUUUGUGGACUGAGGGACCCUGGUGUUAUCGAGACCUUGGCAAAAGAAAUAGUGGUUCAAAGUGAGCAGGGCUGCUACAGGUCUGUGGCCAUCCCUGCGAUCUGUGCUGGUCAGUACCUUCAUUAUUACUCUUGAUAGGUAGUUUGUUUUAUGUAUUUUUUAUUUGUUUUAUGUAU